UAUUUGUUUACCGCUUUACAUCUCAUCGCGAGAAUCAUUAGCCUACUCCGGUUAACCUCAACCUGAUAUACUCUUAAUUUAAUUUGUAUACAUUAAAAAGAUGGAUGUUCAAAGACACUCAGUGCAUACAUUGGUAUUUCGUUCUUUGAAGAGAACUCACGAUAUGUUUCUAUUGAAUCAAGGAACUUUACCACCAGUGGAUCCACAUUUACAGAGAAUAAAGAAGUCUAUAAAAGCUAAAGACUGUUAUGGUCCAGUACUAGAGCUUGUUAAGCAAAAUAACAUAGCGAAGAUACAACAAGAAAACGAUAAUGCAGAUCCUCCACCACCAGGAGAUGAAUCUUUUGGAAGUAAUGCUACUUCCGCAAUUGUUCCUUACAAUGCGACACAGGGAAGCACAGGGGUGGUUGCAUUAUCAGCAGGAAAUGUUGGUAGUGGUAGCAGUGCUUUAACAAUACCGCCAAAGAAGACGCCGUCAAUGGCGAAACCAAAGUGGCACGCACCUUGGAAAUUGUACAGAGUCAUCAGUGGUCAUCUUGGAUGGGUUCGCUGUUGUGCUGUUGAACCAGGCAAUGAAUGGUUCGCUACUGGCUCAGCUGACAGAGUAAUCAAAAUAUGGGACUUAGCGAGUGGUAAAUUGAAGGUUUCUUUAACUGGUCAUAUAAGCAGUGUUCGUGGACUUGCGUUUUCUCAGAGACACCCUUACUUGUUCUCCUGCGGUGAGGAUCGUCAAGUAAAAUGUUGGGACCUCGAGUACAAUAAGGUAAUAAGGCAUUAUCACGGUCACUUAUCGGCGGUGUAUUCCAUGGCGUUGCAUCCUUCCAUAGACGUUCUGGUAACAGCGGGACGAGAUUCCACUGGGAGGGUGUGGGAUAUGCGUACCAAGGCAAAUGUUCACACGCUUGUCGGACACACCAAUACAGUCGCUAGUGUGAUUUGUCAAUCUGUCGAGCCACAAAUUGUUACCGGCAGCCAUGACUGCACGAUUCGUCUAUGGGACUUGGCCGCUGGAAAAUCCAGAGCCACCUUGACAAACCACAAAAAGAGCGUGAGAGCCGUAACAUUCCACCCGUCAUUGUAUAUGUUUGCAUCCGCAUCACCAGACAAUAUUAAACAAUGGAAGUGUCCGGAGGGGAAAUUCAUUCAAAACUUAUCUGGCCACAACGCCAUAGUGAACUGCUUAGCUGUAAAUCCCGAUGGAGUUUUGGUUUCCGGAGCCGACAAUGGUACUAUGCAUCUUUGGGAUUGGAGAACCGGAUAUAAUUUCCAACGGCUCCAAGCGCCCGUACAACCUGGUUCCAUGGACAGCGAAGCCGGAGUUUUUAGCAUCACCUUUGAUAUGUCAGGCACUCGUAUGAUUACGACGGAAGCUGACAAAACGAUAAAAGUAUAUAAAGAAGACGACACUGCAGUAAGUCGAUUUUGUUUCAAUAACGUUCGUACAUUUGCAGUUCGAUGGUCGUGUACUGAUAGUAUUAUUUGUGUGUGUGUGGGGGGGAUUGAUUUAAAUUUUGAAUCAUUUCAUUUUCCAGACCGAAGAAACACAUCCUGUUAACUGGAGACCCGACAUAAUAAAACGAAGAAAAUAUUAAAUGAGCACCUCGUGGUGUCACUUUUAUAUCCGACAUUUCUGUAAAUUUAUGCGAAAGAAUAAUAACGAUAAUAAUAAUACUAAUAAUGUUUCAUUGGACAUAAAGUUAUGCAGGAGGAUUUAGGUAUCUGAUGAAGACAAAAGAUCUUAAUGCAAGCGUGAAAAGCAGGAAGUAAAAAGUGCAUAAUGCAAGACGAUUGAAAAUAAUGCAGCAAGGAAAUCUGCAAACCAAGUAAAGAUAGAAGCGGAACACGCAAAUUAAAAUUAAGAAAUUACAAUAGGCAAUAUGCAGAUAACGCGUGAAUGCGUACAAGGAGGUCAAUGUGAACUAUCAGAGAGUAUGUAAUUCAAUAUAGCAAGAGCCAGGCCAAGUAGAUGAACGAACUUCAUGCGGAAGGGAAUUGGGGAGGUAGGAGGACAGCGGAGGAGAAUGCAACCUGGAUAUUUGGAUGAUCGACGUCGGGGAAGUGAUGAUAAACUUUGAUGACGAGUCGCCAUAUUACAUAAUAUUAAAUAUUACACUCACAAAUUUAAAGAUGUAACCAUCGUACAUAUAAAUAGAAAAGAAGUACAAGGCUGAGGCACACAAAUACUUGUAACAAUACGUGUAACUUAAUAUUAUGACUAAAAUGUAAAAUAAUGAACAAGGUU